AUGAUUGACCUAUUAGAUUGCCCACUCCCUCUCCGGGUACCCUGGACUGAUGAGUACUUGGCAUCAGCAGUUGGUGAGGUUUCUGUGGCAGUCACCCCAGAUGGGCGGGCGGAUGCCCUUGUAGAAGAUGAAGAUGGGACCACUUAUUUUGCCGAGCCACUUGUCACAGGUAGCGCAUCCGCAACGAGAGAGCACAGCGAGGUCGUCUACCUGCAGUCUCAAAAUGACAAUCUACGACAAUCAACUGAUAACAAGCAAACAGAGUUUAUCGGAAUCCAGCAAGACUAUCCUCCAGAGAUCAGCUGGGCAUCAGAAGCUCUAGAAAAGGAAUACCCACACGCUCGGUGGGCUCGUGAUCACUCUGGAAAUGGGAUGAAACUAGAGCCUACUUUAGGGCAGUCGGUUCGGUGGUCAUCCAUUCGCGACCCAACGGACCCGCCACCUCAUACACGCCCAAUGACGGUCCUUGUCCAAGAAGGAGAGAUGCUCUAUCUACCUGUUGGAUGGUGGCACUAUGUUCAACAGGUUCCUGAUAACCGGGGCAAAGUAAUUGCGGUAAAUUAUUGGUACGACGCCGAGAUGAGCGGCAACACAUGGGUCUUUAUCAGCUUUCUUCGAUCACUAGGAGCGCCAGAAGGAAUCGAGAAAUCUGAAAGUGAUCACAAUGAGGACGAAUAG